AUGAUCAACCUCACUUAUAACGGCAUGCCGGUGUUUGCGCGGGAAUACGGUUGUAAUGAGACAUAUACGGGUGACUCGGGUGAGAUCAAUGUAAGUGUAAACAUCACCGAGAUCACAUCCAAGUUAUGGAUUUGUCGGUUGUAUAUAGUGGUCGACCACACAAAGAGCAUAUCGUUGACAAUCGACGAGAUUAAUGCCAAGUCUUAUGUGGACUUCCUUUUCAUAUACAACGGCAAUGAGAUAUGGGAUUCAACAACACGAACAUUUCGCAUCUUCGACGAUAUCACAUAUGAAAGCGUUGUAUCCAGACCAGAAAUUGACGAAGGUGAUACGAGUCGAACCAUUAAAAUGAGUUAUAAAGCUAUUCAGUCAGCCUUCCAAUGCAAUACAACCUAUAUUGGUGAUAGUGGUGAUAUAAGCCUGGUCAAACAAGCUUCUGAGCUAACUAUACCAUUGAUAUGCUAUUGGAGUAUAAGUGUGGCCACCAAUAUGAGUAUAUUAUUGGAAUUUAAUACAUCCACGGUUGUGGACUUGAAUUAACUGAACGCCAGGGUAUUAUCCAUAGUCCUGGUUAUCCCAAUGGAUAUUACAAUAAAAUGAACUGCGAGUGGAAGAUACGA